UGAAAGCAAUAUGGAGGACAAAAAUGUGUAAGAGAGUUUCAAACUAAAAAGUUUAGAUGAAAUAUGCCAGAGAGGGGCAGCGGGGACUUUCCCCUACCCGAGGGAUGGGAAAAAGCUGUGGAUUAUGAUGGCAAAAGCUUUUUCAUCGAUCAUAAUAAUCGGAGAACAACGUGGAUUGACCCUCGAGACAGAUUCACAAAGCCGCAGACUUUUGCGGAUUGUGUUGGAGAUGAGUUGCCCCUUGGAUGGGAGGAGAUCUACGACCCAAAUGUUGGUGUUUACUACAUAAACCACAUAAACCAAAUAAAUCAGCUAGAGGACCCUCGAGUGCAAUGGAGACAAGAACAAGAACACAUGUUAAAGGAGUAUUUGGUGACGGCUCAAGAGGAUCUGGAGGCAAAGAAGGAGAUAUACUCCAUCAAAGAACAACGGCUUCUAUUAGCUCAGGAUGAAUAUCAGCAUUUGAAUGAUACAUUGUCAGGAUGGAAGUCCUCCAGGACAAGUUUAAAUUCCAAUUCGAGUGUUGGCAGCACCAAGUAUGAUCCUGACUUGCUAAAGCAGGAUGUUAAUCUGGCCAAAAGCCGCGUGGCUCGGCUCAAGAGAGAGCUGGAACAAAUAGGGGCUGAAAUGUCAUACCAGGAGCGAGGAGUCGAAACACUGUCCAGUGUGGGCCAGAAGUUGUCGAGCAUCUCUGGAGGAUAUAGUUUGGAACAAGCGCAACGGAUUUUGUCGGAGAUACGUCAAUUGCAGUCUCGGCUGUCGCAGGGGGAGAAGGAGAAGAAUGAUCUCAUGCAGUCUCUUGCACGCUUAAAGGAAGACUUGAUGAAGCGGGCUAGUGGCUCCUCCCCGGAUGUUUCCACCUUGUCCUUGACUCAAGAACGGCUGGACAUGGCUUCUCAGACUGAUCUGCGUGGAGAGUUUGGCAGAUCACAGAGCAGAUUACUGGCAGAGAAGACUCGAAUGCAACUCCAGUACGACGAAGCACAACGUCGCCUCGGAGAACUCAAAUGUCGACUUGCCAAGAUUGAAGACAAGAUGGUUCCUGGCCAGCCUGAGUCGGAUAAAGAUAGGUUGUUGCUGAUACAAGAGAAAGAACAGUUGCUCAGGGAACUGAGGAGCAUUGAUCCCAAAGGUCGCACCGAGGCAGACUUGCAGACAGUGAAGGAUCGAAUAGCAGAGCUUGAGCAAGAUCUUCACUAUGCUCGAGAAAUCUCCAAUAAACAGAUACAACAGAGAAUCACGCUGCAUGAUGAAAAAGCAACGAUCCUUCAUGAGCUGAAGGAGACAACAAAGCUAACAUCGUACCUAGAGUCACAGCUGAGAAGUUUGUCUUUGAGCACAUUGUCAGUGUCCUCUGGCUCAAGUCUAGGCUCUCUGGGCUCUCUGUCUGCUGGAAGUCGAGGAUCCUUGAACUCGUUGUCGACAAUGGACAUCUACAGCAAUGGGCAGGUCGGAGGUCAAGGCACCGGGGAGGUCAACUUGCAAGAGUUGCUUCAGAGAGUGGAGAAACUCCUGCAAGGCCACAGUAUGUCUCCCAUUCAAGAGACCCAGUCUAGCCUCCCUCAUGACGACAUAACAGAGGCAGCCACAUCGAGCUACAUGCAGUCCGUCUUGGGCAGUAAUCAGGAGUUAGCAGACGCCAGCAAUAACAACACCAGCAAUAACAACAGCAGCAACACCAACAGCAGUAACAACAAUGUGAACAACGUCCUCAGCAACAGCAACAACAACUUGUCGAGCAUACUGAGCAACAGUCAGAACAGUAGCAGUUUGUCUGGCCUUCAGAAGCCUUCGCUGUCCCCCAAGUCCUCGCUGACAUCUGCCUCACCGCCCGUUUCUCCAAUUUACAGCUUUGGCCCACCACCAAGUUAUGAGCAGCACAUGAAUGCCUUGGAGCAGAGACAUGUGCCGAUGCAGCCAGUUUUGCCACAGCAACAGCCGUUGAAUAGCAGCAAUAGCAGCCUGAACAGCAAUAGCAAUGUUGACAAUUUGCUGUGGAUUCUCAAUGCCAAUGCAGCAAACGGAGACUACGAUCAGCCCAGUAUGGUAACUGAUGUAAGCUCUACGCAGAAUCACGGUGUAGAAGUUGAAGACAGUAACAGUGCUAACUUUGCGGCAGGAGUACCCAGCAGUUUAGGGCCAGCCGCAGUUCCCAGUGCCUUGGCUUUUUUUAACUCUGCGUCUAACCAGCAUGUUGCUGGGGCUGCGUCUUCUGUUCUUUUGCAGCAACAGCAGCAGCUGCCUGUUCCCAACUCCUCAACAGAUGACAUAAUCCCCCUGCCACAAAGAAAUACCGUACCCACAGCUAUGGGCAGUGAAAGUAAUGUCGUAGCGUUGGAUGGCCUUUCCUCUAAGGCUACAGUGCCUGUGGUGAUGGCAACUUCAACUUCCACCUCAGCCCUCUCCCUACCCCACUCUUCUACCAUGUCAUCAACUCUUACGACAGUGGGCACUGUUGCACAGCCACAUCAUACGGCGCCAAAGUCACUUCCAUCGGACAUUACCAACGAAUGUCUCCCUAGUAGUUGUGGGCUGAGCUCCUCAGUACCCACAGUAGGUCCAGUUUCUCGUCACUCACACUCAUGUGAACCGAUUCCAAACCCUCCCCUCAGCCCCAUAAGUGAGAGUAGUUCGGGCGUGGGAAACAACCUGUCGGGUGGCAAUACGCGCAGUGUGUCGGCUGCAGUCAGUGACGAGUCGGUCGCAGGAGACAGCGGCGUGUUCGAAGCUUCUGUGCGCAGAACUGGGUACAUAGACAAAGUAUUAGAAACGAACCUGGAAAGUGCUCAAAUACAGAUCAAACUCAAGUAUGAAGGUGUGGAGAGACAGCUUCUGGUGGGCAUAGAGCAGGCCAGGAACCUGGAGGUAUUGCCCUUCCCCUGGGAUAGCCGUGUCUGCAUCAAAGCUGCCUUGCUGCCAAACCAGACAAUGUGCUGGGAGACACAGCCUUUGCCUGAGUUGAGAUCACCAAAGUUCUCCGAGAUGUUCCGUGUGAGCAUCCCUGAACACAAGCUUUUCUCCAAGACGUUGCAAGUGCAUGUGUGGAGUCUUAGUGCUGAGAAAGGGGAAGAGUGUCUGGGUUGUGCACAGGUCAGCUUGGCAGAGUUUGACCCAAAGUGUGUGUUGGUCCGCUGGUACAAUGUACUGAGUUUCCGUUUUAUGCAAUCUGAGAUGAAGGGCCAGAGCUCAUCAGUGUCAUCAAACAAUUGGUCAAGCAUUCAGUCCCAACCUUCCUCGAGCAGUAGCUCUGAGGGUGUCAAACCUCUCUACAGCUACUCGAGGGCCAAACAGAAGCAGUCUCAAGACAGAGUUCAUCAGCUGCUAGAAGCCUCCUCGGCCAAACUACGCCAGGCAUCGUCAGCGUCUGUGAGUGAUGAUCAAUCCUCUGGUACUGAUUCUGCAAGUGGAAAACGGUCUCAACAUCCAGUGGUCGUAUCUUUGAAAGAGGAAAGCAGUGAUGAAUCAACUAUUAUUUCUUCUCAAACCUCAACACUCACGAGGAAUCAUGGUCCAGAAGAAAUGAAAAAUCAUCGUUUUGACGGCUCCCAUUUUCAUGAUGGUGUAGAAGAUGAUGAUGGUGGAGAUGAUGAUGAUGACGAGGACGAAGAAGAGGAAGAGAAGGACAAAGACUUUGAGCAAAUGAUCCAAGAAGUGCUGGAUGAGCUGGCUGAGUCUGUGGAUCACUGUGACCACGACAACUUUACAGAGUCGGAGGAUGGUCAGCUGGUGGUCACUUGUGACAAGGAGACCAACACGGAGGCUGGGGAGUACACGCUGAGGGAAGUGAAGCGGCACGGCCCUCACCACCAUCGCCAUCACCCCCACCACAAGCAGCAGCAGCAGCAGCGCUACAUGAAUUCGUUGAGGAGCAGCACCAUUAAAAGAUCACAAACAUUCUCACCCGCAUGCCGCCAACCUCCGCCCGGCUAUGUUUGCAAGCUGAAUCGCAGUGACAGUGAUAGUUCCAUGCCAUUGUACAAGAAGACACCAUUUCAGAGAAAUACUGUCAGCCGCCGAAGUCUACGAUGGAAGCGGGCUGAUGGCAGCGUGGGUUUCAUGCCUCUGACCAGUCACAUCCCAUUCCGCACAUCACUGGAUCUAGAGCUUGAUCUGCAGGCCUCCCAUACUAAGCUGUCACAUCUCACAGAUGAAAUAAGCCGUCUCAAAGAACUUAAGUACACUUUGGAAGAGUCGAAGAACAAAGGAGAGUCAGAGUUGCCAAGUUGGCUGAGUGAGAAUGAAAAGUUUCACCGCCUUCUCUCUAUGGCAGAGAAAUUGGCGACCUGUGUCCAAGCAAGAAAUACAAGCUCAGGCAUAGAGAAGCGAGAGUACAUCUCUAAGCAGGACAAAAGGGCUGAGCACCUGAUGAAGAAGGUCACCAAGGAGGUACAACGCAUGAGACAGGGCACGCAGCAGUCUCGCAUGUUCACCUUCAGGGAGAAGAUGGCUUUUUUCACCAGCGCCAACAUGGACGUCCCCGUUAUUCCUUCAGAAGCUGCGCGAGUGGGGCCCCUCUCUAGGAGGGUGUCCAGAAGUGAGGCUGGAGGUACGGAGAAGGUAUCGCCAACGAAUGGAUUAGCCGCACCCCCAACAGCAAUUUCGCAUGUCGCACCACUGUCAUCAUCCAAUGGUGAGGUACAGGGUUUGGAUGUGUUUCCAAGGAGUAGGGUAGCGGCUCCACCUCCAUCAAAUGUGCUCGGAGCUCCCAUGGCGCCCCAUUCUUCUUUGGUUUCGUCAAAUGGGCUGGGUGAAGGUCACCAGCACAGAUUGACCUCAGAGCGCGCUUCGGGCCCGUUACCAGCUUUCCAGGCUUGUGCAGAAUUGUCUUCGAGCUCCCAGUCCCCCUGUGGCCCCAGUCAACCCCUUUCAUCUAUCAGUGGUAUCGCUUCAAUCGCCGGUCCAUCUCCACAGUCGCAGUUACCGUCGUCACAGCCAGCAGAAGAAAUAUACAACUCCGCUACUAGUGCGAGGAGUACUGUGUUGUCCCCAGUAAAUACUGCUACCCCUGUGGGCAUCGCUGAUCAGGAUGCACUUGUGACAUCAACCGUCUCUAAAAAUCAAAAGCCUUCAGUUGCAUCGACAGUUGAAUGUGGUCAAACUGUGAACGACUUUUCUGCAGCCUCCGUUGUUGUUGAAGGCGGUGGUGGGGAAGAGGAAAUGGGCUCCCUCUCCGCAGAGGGGCCGAGUGGGAGUGGUGGUGCGCUUGAAUCAUUUUUCCAUGAUGACAGGAUUGGUGAAGAAGUGUAAGCAGGCAAAGCUUGGUGGAGUUUCUGUUGUCUCCGUGUGUGUGUUUUCUGUGAGUGGAUGGGUCUUGUGUGGCUGCGUGAGGGGUUCUGGACCAUUCUACCAUUGUGGAUAGCUCCUAGAUAAGCAGAUGGUACAUGAUGAGGUCUCAGGCCAGUAUCAAAGAGGGUUCAGGCUCCUACUGCGAAAGGGGUAUGAAAAUGAAACGGGAGGGAAGAAAGAUAAUGAUAUCGAUCCUCUUCUUUAUCAAAACAAAUUGAUUGCGCAGUAUAAGGCUCCACCAAAUGUCACUUUUUCAAAUUGACGUAUUGUGGAGUUUUACACUAGGUAGUUGAAAUAAAGUUGGAUAUGGUCUUGCAGUAUCUGUUUCAUAAAAAGCAGAAGGUGCUUCGGCUAUGUGUAUUUUCUACCACUUCCUGUACCUAUAAAUUGACUAAAUGGAAA